CAUUUCAUAAUUGGAAAAUAGUGUUGAUGUUUAAAAAAAGGCCGAUUGCAUGAGGUUUGCGUUUUUGUACCACGAAUUUACGUCAUAUUGAUUCCGUAGUUGCAAAUGUUCGUGGAAACUUGAUUGAAUUUUGACUUGUUUGGUUCAAAUCAACAAGAUGUGGGAUAAGAUUUUUAUGCCGUGUGUUUUACUCGUUCUACUGAUGAUUAUGGAGGCUAAGGCAUGCUCUAAAACAGACCUUACCGACAGGCGGAAGGAUAACCAUUACGCGCCCAGUCCUAGUGAGUGCGACAACAAUCUCGCCGUUGGGACAUGGUACAAUUUCAAAGACCAAGCCGGCACUAACAUCGGCACCAGGUGCGUUGAGUCGGGUUACUGCGAAGCCGAAUCGCCAGGUUGGUUCCUUGGGGUACACCCUACUGAAAAAGAACAGACCACUGGAAGAAUUUGCUUCCGUGUGGGAGAUGACUGUUGUGCCCAAAGUGUUGCUGUGGACGUGAGGAAAUGUGGAAAUUCAUUUCAUUACAGCCUCAAGGCAGCGAUAGACUGUUCUCCGAAGAAACGAAUAUGUGGAUCCGACCAGCCUGAUGGGGGCUGGACAGACUGGACUAUCUGGACACCUUGCGAUAAAUCAUGUGGGACGGGUUUCCAGCAGCGCAAGCGCACUUGCUCAAACCCGAGUCCGCAGAACGGCGGUGCCCUCUGUGCUGGAACAAACAACGAGACGAGAGAAUGCAACACCCAUCACUGUCCAAUUAACGGGGACUGGACUGAGUGGAGUUCUUGGUCAUACUGUAACAGACCGUGCGGGACUGGGUACGAAAACAGGACGCGUUCUUGCACCAACCCGCCCCCGAAGUAUGGCGGGAAGGACUGCGAAGGGGAGGAUCAUCAGGCAAAAACUUGCAACACAGACCCGUGUCCAGCCGUGGUGGCAUAUUAUGAAGUCAGGUUCACCGAGGAGAUUUACACAGAAGAGUUACAUUCGAACUGCAGUCAACCAUAUGUCUCACUUUCUAACAAGAUAAAAGAAAACAUGAACAGCGUCUAUGGGAGUGGGAGCACGAGUGUUAUGGACAUAGAGAUCAUCUAUUUACGCAACGGCAGCGUCAUCAGUGGUUUCAACGUGAGCUACUCGUCUGUGGAUUCCCUUCAGCUUGUACGGCCACUAGAAGCAGUCGACAUGACCGGGGCCCUGGGGACCAUGCCGGCGCAGGUCAUUGCUGUCAUUCCAGAUAAUGUUCCAGCUACUCCGCCCACCUUGACCCAUUAUUCGAACAGCAGCUCCACCAGCAUCUUGCUGCAGUGGGCAGCCAUCCCCGCUUCAUCCAUAAAAGACGGCGCCCUCCUCGGCUACAGAGCCUACUACAAGCAGCCAGGGGCUCAGUUUACGGCCAAUCAACAAAUGGCUGUGGCGGCAUCUGCCAAUCAAAUGGAGAUCAAGAGCCUGAAGAAGUACACGUUAUACACGAUAGUACUUCUGGCUUUUACUACACUUGGUAAUGGGGUGCCAACAGCAGAGGUCACGCUACGAACAGAUGAAGAUGUGCCAAGCCAACCACCGCAAGAUUUCAAAGUCCAAGCGGAAAGCUCCACCAUGAUAUAUGCCGAAUGGAAGGCCAUCUCUAGCGAGUCAGUGCACGGAAUCUUACUCGGAUUCAACCUGAGCAUCGGGAGACACGGCCAGGGCUCCGCACACUGGACCCACAAACUCCUCCCCCCCAGCCAAUACUCCCUGAUGUUCGAGGAGCUCUCCAAGUUCACCGAGUACACCCUGGCGGCUUGUGGUUACACCUCCAAGGGCUGUGGCGUCAUCAGUCACGUGACCGUCAGGACUCAUGAGGACGUACCCAGCCUUCCGCCUCAACAACUCUUCGCGGCCAAUCUAACGUCCCAAUCAACCAUAACGCUCACUUGGUCGCCAGUCCCACGCGGUCACGUCAAUGGCGUUUUGCGCGGUUACAUCUUGCGCUACAGUAUGACGUCAUCUGCUGAUAUUCGGGUCCGUAAACCGAAGACGCUCGAGAUGCGAAUACCCCCCGAAAAAACUCGGAUUGAGCUGAGUGGAUUACAAAGUUACUCCUUGUGGAAGUUUCAAUUACUGGCGUACACGUCUGUUGGGGAGGGACCGGAAACGGAAGUAAUUGUCGCAGAAACGUGCCGCUGUCCUAAGACCUUAUACUCCAACUUCUACGUGAACCCCCCCUAUCUAAGCAAAUCAGACAAUGGUAAAUACGGGGGGGUAUUCUUCAACGUGUCCUCCCGAAUGCUUGCUUGGGCUUGCGGGAACUGCGCUAACGGUCACGGUGUCACUGUCAUUGACCAACAAACGAAUGGCAGAGGAGAAGCCGCAAAGAAGGACUACCCUCCACAAGUUCAACUCGACAUCGACGAAGUUCCGCAGAUCAGCUUCCCCAUCCUCGGUUACCCGCUUGACACUGACUACCUGGGCAUCUACAAGUUCAUUUACCUGAUGGAGUCACCAGGGAUAGCGUUUAUUACCAUCGCGGACCCCCCUGGCUCGGCCGCUACCCGUAUGGUGCUGUCCGUGUUUGACUGCAUGCCUCUCUUCGUUAUGGCAGUUCUGAUGAAUUUGUUGGCUGGAAUUAUCAUGUGGGGACUGGACUCGAGAGCCAACCCAGAGGAGUUUAGCCCCAAGUUCACCUCAGGCGUCGGGUCGGGAUUCUGGUGGGCGUACAUAUCCAUGACAAGCGUCGGGUAUGGCGAUCGCUCUCCAGUGAAAGUGUCUUCGCGUCUGUUUGCAAUCAUCUGGACAUUAGCAGGGCUAGUCCUUACCUCUCUACUGACCGGCUCAAUAGCAACCAGCCUAACCACGGCAGCCGUCAGCACUGAGGUCAUACUAUACGGUGCCAAGGUUGGAGCAAUACAUAACUCGACAGAACACAGAGUUGGAAUUCUAAAGAACGCGCGAAUGAACGAAGACCAGCAGUACAAAGACGUGAGUGAGCUUCGGCGCGCUCUAGAAAGCAGGGAAGUGCGGGGGAUACUUCUCGACGUUUUGGUGGCGGCAGAGUUCCAAGAGGACCUGUUUCGACCAGGAAUUAGAGUCAACAAGAUCCUGGACAAACGCUUUGGAUAUGGUAUCGUGCUGUCGGGUCAAGCGGCCAUCGUGCACGAGCGAUGUAGGGACUAUAUCCAGAAAAACAUCAAGGACAUCACGGAAUUCAUCGUCAACUCCACGAAAACCCUCAAGGAACCAGAGAGCAUCGAAGAAGAAGAUAACGCGAACUUGUUUGACGCCAACUCGUCGCUGUUCCAGGAAUUCCUGAUGACAUCUCUUGCCAUGUUGGGAAGCUGCUGCUUGCUGGGAUUCCUGUGGUACUAUGGGUACUACAAAAGAACACAAGUCAAUAAGGGUCCAAAGGGAGACACACCAAUGAACACAUUACGCCAAGAGAACAUCAAAGAAAUGAGAAACAUAGUCAAGGAAUUCUACCAACGCCUCGUUGCGAAAAUAAAUGAUUUGAAAAUUAGCCAUAAAAAGUACCUUAAAGACUACAUAAAGCAAACAAAAUCGUGGAAGAAAGGAGAGGUUAAUGAAAGUAUUGAUAGUGCUGAUACGUGUAAGACGGCCUGGAGCAACGACGAUAAUGGCGAUGACCAAGAGGGCGCGGAAAGGGGUCAAAUCAGCUCGAAUCUCGACUCGAAGUUGACGAUUUGUAAAGGGAGUGUUCAAAGUCCUAGAAGCUUCGCUUGGAGUUCAUAGCGCGAGACAACCCAGCACUGUCAGAUGAUGAAAGAACUGGCUUUUAGUUAGAAAAACCUGAAGAGCGGCCACCAGAUCACGAUUCAAUUGACGACACUACCAAAUCGACGCGGCGUUGACACACCCGCUGUAGGAAAACAAUACCAAAAACUACAGAGGAUCAAGAUCAGUAUAAAUAGAGCAUGCAAUGCAAAAUACAGAGUCUUAAAGUUGUAGUAGCUUGUUUGAAAUGCACGGUUUAAGCUGGAUUUUAUUUUAUCUCAGCUAUCUCUUCCAUCGUAAUGAAAUGCUGGACCUCCUCCCAAUCAACACUUCUUUUGCAGCUUAACAAAAAAAAAAUGUUGCUGAUAUUUUACUUUUAUUUAUUAACAGUGCUCUGUGUAGCUUCGUUUGAUAGACAACUAAUACUGAACAGAUAUUUCCUAUUUUACAUUUCUAUAAUCAAAUAAUCUAACAUAUAUGUGCCUUGCCAUGUACAGCAUUACUCGUUUUUUUUGUUGAGUACAGCUUAGAAGAUCAAGAGACUUCAGCAGAUGUUUGCAGCAAGAGAGCCCAACAUUUUGCACCCAAAAA